AAUGAAAGCCAUGCAUAAAUAUUUUAUAAAAAUACCUUUAUCUAAAUAGGCAGUAACAUCUGAUUUUUUCAAUAAAUCCAUAUAUAAAGGAUAUACAUUACUGCCAAAUGGAAUGUGUAUUUUGAAAUAUGAACCUCAAGUAACUCUUUAACAUCUGGAGUAGAACCCAGGUAUCUGCCAAAAGAAACUUCUCAGCAGCUGUCCUUUGCUGGAAGGAAACAAUGCGUGUCUCUUUUUCUGGGCUUUUUUGCUUGGCAAAUUUCUAACAUCACUUCAGCAGAGUUUUGUAUUUGACUUUCGACCUCGUGGCUAUUUGACCUGCCAACUAUUAUUUUCUUUUAGGCACUUACUCCACCCAAUAUUUAGUUUUCCAGGGCAGUCGUGUCUGUUUCCUUCUCCACUUCACCUUCAGAAAGGCCAUGCUCUAGGCGCUGGCUUAGCAUCCACCCCGUGAAGACUCUGACCCAUAUGCGGACAUCACGUCGGCGACCUGACGCUGACACCGCUCUGGAAGCCAAGGCUCCUGGUUUCUGCGUAACCCGAGCCCGGGGCAGGCCAGGCCUCGCCCAGGCCACCGUGCGGGCUGGGGCCUCGAAGCAGGAAAACGACGCCCUUUCCGGUCUCCUGUUCCUUCUCAGGGCGGACGAAUCGCGGGGGACGAAAGGGAGGCCGAUUCAAAAAUUAAUAAUAAUUCUCGGGCUCAGGGCGUGCGCGGAGGCGGCCGGGAUGAUCGGCAGGCGCAGGUGUCGCCGCCCGGGGAAGGUCACCUCCCCGCGGCUGCCGCGCCCGGAGCGCCCCCGCUGCGUCGGGGCAGCCGCCACGCGCUCGCCCCGCUCGAGGUUUCUCCUCGUUGUGGAAGGAACUGAAUGAUGUAAGCAGGUGUACGGGAAGCUCCCUGAGGGCUCUUGGACCCCAUCCCCUUUCAGAGCCGCUUUUCAAGCUACUUGAAAAAAAAUGAUGUGAGAGUUCCUGCCAAAAAAGAUUUUCAGAAACAUAUAACAUCCGUGAAGAAAGUGGCCCUUUUCCUCUUUUUGCAAAGAAAGACAUUCCAAAAUUUCAAAAUGCCAGCCAAGACCCCAAUCUAUCUGAAAGCUGCUAACAACAAAAAAGGAAAGAAAUUUAAACUGAGGGACAUUUUGUCUCCUGAUAUGAUUAGUCCGCCCCUUGGGGACUUUCGCCACACCAUUCACAUCGGCAAAGAGGGCCAGCAUGACGUCUUUGGAGAUAUAUCCUUCCUCCAGGGGAACUAUGAGUUACUGCCUGGAAACCAGGAGAAAGCUUGCUUGGGCCAGUUUCCUGGGCAUAACGAGUUCUUUCGCGCCAAUAGCACCUCAGACUCCAUGUUCAUUGAAACACCCUCCCCAGUGCUCAAAAACGCCAUCUCCCUCCCUACCAUUGGAGGUUCCCAAGCGCUCAUGUUGCCCUUACUGUCACCAGUGACAUUUAAUUCCAAACAGGAGUCCUUUGGGCCGCCAAAGCUGCCCAGGCUCAGCUGCGAGCCUGUCAUAGAGGAAAAAGCUCAGGAGAAAAGCAGCCUGUUGGGAAAUGGGACCAUCCACCAGGGUGACACCUCGUGGGGCUCCAGUGGCUCGGCCUCGCACUCCAGCCAGGGGAGGGACAGCCACUCCUCCAGCUUGUCUGAACAGUACACUGACUGGCCAGCCGAGGACAUGUUUGACCAUCCUGCCCCGUGCGAGCUCAGGAAGGGAAAGACUACGUCCGAGGAGUCCCUCUCCGACCUGACCGGUUCUCUCCUCUCCCUGCAGCUUGAUCUGGGGCCUUCACUUUUGGAUGAGGUGCUGAAUGUCAUGGAUAAAAAUAAGUAACAGGAUGCUCUUUCUGCUUUGGGGCAAAAGGUACCAAAAGAAAGAAAGGAAAAAAAGUAACUGCAGUUGAAAGAAAGAGCUUCCCUGGCUGUUUUUUGCAAUCUUGUGUUGCAUUUUCUAAAAUAAUAUUCCUAUUCCUAUAAAAAUAUUUUUUUAACUGUUUGCAAAAGUCAUUUAGAAAAAAAUAACAACAAAAAUCCUGUCCUGGCAGAAAGAGAAAGUGAGUCCGAGCCCAUUUUCAGCAGGCCCUGCUGCUGUUCAGCUCAAGCUUUCUUGUUUGCAGACGCUAAGAAGUCCAGCCCGGCGGGGUUGGCGCUGGCCGGGAGGGGCUGGCUGAGUCCUGCAAGGAACCUGGCAGCACUCUGACAUUUUUCUGAGCAUGGGAAAGUCGAAAUGUGUUUAACACCCAAGCCUUUUUUCUAGACUCUUUUGUACAUUCAAUGGUUUGGGCUCACGAGUUCGCCAGUGUUAAAACUUUUCUGUGUUUUCACAUUUGAGCAACUUUAAUGGGUUUUGGGGGUUUCUGUGUAGUUCUUACGUAUCUCUCAUAUAUUAUACUGUAUCUAUAUUGCAAACUUUUGACUGUCAGCUCCAUGUUGGUAAGACACAAGGUAUUAUUGUAACUAAGUUAUUUUUAAAGUUAAAAUAUAUUUUUAUGUGCCUUUGGCUUUUUAUUGCAGAGUCUACAUUUUAUAGGUAACAUCAAAUGUCAUUUACUUGUUUCUGUAGCGGUUCCAUUGUAAACUAUGGCUAUGUGUGUUUGGGAAGAUGUAUUCAUACUUAGCUUUUUGUUUUCUUUCUUCCUCAUCUGUUACCAUCCUUCCAACAGCAGUCAACAGUGCGUUGUUAAGUAAAAAGGCGCAGGUUACUCAUAAUACUUCUACAGAGACUGGGGGCUACGCCGUGUAAUGUUAUUUUGGAAAUAUGGGUAUUUUAGUACAGUAAAUUUUGCAUUACUUAGGUACUUCAUACAACACAAUAAAGAGUAAAUGUUAAAGAGAGCUUGCUCAUUUAUAGUAAUAAACAAGGACAUAAGAAAAUAAGAUUUCUUCAUGACUGGCUAGAAAAAUUGCUUCUCUAAAAAGUACCUUUCUUGGCCUGUUAAAAUAAGGUAAGAAAUGAUUUCAGUCCAUCCUUUUUACUUUCUGAAGAUUUGAUAUGCUAAAAACAGGAGCCCUCAACUUGAGAGGAAAUGAAUGUAUGUGAUGUAUUUUUUUUUUUUUUUAACUAUGAACUUCUCAAGGCACAUGUCUCUGCCCCCCAUAUGGACGCCAUCUACAGCAGGCCCCGCAAGCUGGGUCUUUUGUGCAUUCAGCUGGUCUGCAUGGGAUGAGACUAUCGCAGUUACAAGGAGGGCAAUAGAAAGCGCUUCCCUGCCCCAGAGCAGCUCAAGGUCCCCUAGGGUGUUGGUUUAGAAAACAGGAACAGGAAAUGUACACACAGACUCCUGCCUU